AUUUCAUCUUCAACGUCAACUUCAGCAACCCGCAAUAAGUGAAUCGUUGACAGCGGAGUUUUACAAAGAAGAGUUUUCCAUAAAACACGAAACAAACUCGCCUGCGACUCAAGUGACUCACGACACGACAAGCAACCAUCAUGCUUGGACCCCCUGUCAACCUGCCCAAGUGGCUAGAGGAAAACUCCCACCUCCUCAAACCCCCAAUCAACAACUACUGCGUCUACAAUGAGGACUUCACCGUCAUGAUCGUCGGCGGCCCCAACGCCCGAACAGACUACCACAUCAACCAGACCCCCGAAUGGUUCUACCAGUACAAGGGCGCCAUGAUGCUCAAAGUCGUCGACGAAGGCGUCUUCAAGGACGUCAUCAUCCGCGAGGGCGACAUGUUCCUGCUGCCGGGCAACACCCCGCACAACCCCGUCCGCUUCGCCGACACGGUCGGCGUCGUCCUCGAGCAGCGACGGCCCGAGGGGUCCCUCGACCGCAUGCGCUGGUACUGCGAGUCGUGCCGUGACGUCGUCCACGAGGCGGCCUUCCACUGCACCGAUCUCGGCACGCAGAUCAAGGCUGCUGUUGAGGCGUUCAAGGCUGAUGAGGGGGCGCGGACGUGUAAGACGUGUGGGGUUGUUGCUGAGGCGGCGCCGAAGCCUGGGUCGAUUAAGGAUCCUAACUUGGAGUGAUGUGCUUCACUUUCAAUAAGUUCCAGAGAGACAGUGCGGUGUGUUCUUCUUUUCAGGUUUGGGUAUUUGUUGUAGGCGAAGGCGAGCAGACGGUCUAUAUGGUUUAAAAGUACAAGUGAUCCAGAUGAUCC